AUGAAUAUAGGAGGACAAAAAAAAUACUACUUGACAGGAAUAAUUUAUCAUGGUGAUUAUCAUUUCAACUGUCGGUUCAUUGGGAAGGAUGGAACAAUUUGGUACAAUGAUGGCAUGGUCACAGGAAGAAACUGUAUAGAAGAAGGCAAUCUCACAUAUACAGACUUAAAUGAUUUAAAUACAUGCAAAGGGAAAACAAUAACUAUCGCUAUAUAUUCACGCCGCUACUAA